GGGGCCCCACGCCUCUCCUCCUCUCCCCCUUUCUCUGACCAGGCCAGGUACUUGGCGCAGAUCAUCCUGGUGGGCGUCCAGGUGGUGGGCAGAGCCUUUGCCCGGGCGCUGCGACAAGAGUUUGCAGCCAGCCAAGCAGCAGCAAACGCACGGGGGAGCCGAGGGCCACAGUCCGCAGCCGCCUCCAGCCUCUCCGGUGUCAGCCUCCAAGAGGCUCAGCAGAUUCUCAAUGUCUCCCGGCUGAGCCCAGAGGAAAUUCAGAAGAACUACGAGCAUUUAUUUAAGGUGAAUGACAAAUCCGUGGGAGGCUCUUUCUACCUGCAGUCCAAGGUUGUCCGAGCCAAGGAGCGUCUGGACGAAGAGCUGGAGAUGCAGUCCCAGCAGCAGCAACAGAGAGAACAAGGCUCAGAGCGCAAGCCAAACACGUAGCAGUGGUAGCGGCCGCGGUGGCAGCCUCUCCCCAGCCCCCCCCCAAUCGUUAAAUUAUAGCUGUGCAAUAAAUGGCCCUUGUCUACCGCC